AUGGACGCCCAGAAACAGCUGCAGGCCCUGUCGGACGAAUUCCAGCAGCUGCAGACGGAACUCGAGGGCUUGGUCGACGCCCGCCAGAAGCUCGAAUCGCAGCAGCAGGAGAACCAGGGCGUGCAGAGCGAAUUCGCCCAACUGGACGAUGAGUCCAGCGUCUACAAGCUGGUCGGUCCCGUGUUGUUGAAACAAGAUAAGAACGAGGCGGUCAUGGCCGUCAAUGGUCGGUUGGAGUUUAUCGAGAAGGAAAUCAAGCGCAUUGAGGGACAGAUCGAAGAGGUUGAGGAGAAGUGUGAGAAGAAGCGCUCCGAGGUCAUCCAAUUGCAAAGUCAGGUCCAGCAGCAGGCUGCAAGUGCUCCUGCGUAG